AUGCGAGCCGGGUUUUCGUUCGUUCUUUUGGCAGUUGGCCUUUUGGCCACUGCGUCGGUGUACUGCGCAGCGGAGGAAGAGGCUGUGACUGUUUUGACAGCCUCCAACUUCGAUGACACUCUGAAGAACACGGAGAUUGUCCUGGUCAAGUUUUACGCGCCCUGGUGCGGUCACUGCAAGCGCAUGGCGCCUGAGUACGAGAAGGCUGCAAAGAUCCUCAAGGAGAAGGGUUCCAAGAUCAUGCUGGCGAAGGUCGACGCGACCAGCGAGACAGACAUUGCCGACAAGCAGGGUGUCCGGGAAUACCCCACUCUGACUCUCUUCCGCAACCAGAAGCCUGAGAAGUUCACUGGCGGCCGCACGGCGGAAGCCAUCGUUGAGUGGAUCGAGAAGAUGACAGGACCCGCGGUGACUGAAGUGGAAGGCAAGCCUGAGGAACAGGUGACGAAGGAGUCACCUAUUGCCUUCGUUGCUGAGCUCUCAUCUAAGGACAGCGACAUGGCGAAGCUGUUCGAAGAUGUCGCCAACGAGUCCCGUCAGCUCGGAAAGUUCCUGGCCAAGUACGGCGUCUCCGACGAGAAGAUCUACUCCCUGCGCUACGAGGAGGGCACUGAGCCGUUCACAGGCAAGACCAAAGAUGAGCUGAAGAAGUUUGUUGACACUGAAUCCUUCCCUCUUCUUGGGCCCAUCAACGCGGAGAACUUCAGAAAAUACAUCGACCGUGACUUGGACCUUGUCUGGCUCUGCGGUACCGAGAAGGACUUCGAUGAGGCCAAGGCCGCUGUCCGUGAAGCUGCGAAGAAGCUCCGAGACACCCGCUCCUUCGUGUGGCUGGACACUGACCAGUUCAAGGGCCACGCUGAGAACGCUCUGGGCAUCACCGAGUUCCCGGGCCUUGUGUUCCAGUCGAAGAAGGGACGGUUCGUGCUUCCUGAGGCGACUUCUUCCCUGAAGGACGCAGCUAAGAUCAGCAAGUUCUUCGAGGAUGUUGAUGCCGGGAAGAUCGAGCGCUCCCUUAAGUCGGAGCCCGUCCCCGAGAAACAAGACGAAGCCGUCAAGGUUGUCGUCGGAAAGAACUUCGAAGAGAUGGUCAUUCAGAAAGACAAGGAUGUCAUGCUGGAGAUCUACGCUCCGUGGUGCGGCUACUGCAAGAGCUUCGAGCCCAUCUACAAGGAAUUCGCUGAGAAAUACAAGGAUGUUGACCACCUCGUUGUUGCCAAGAUGGACGGCACAGCGAACGAAGCUCCCCUGGAGGAGUUCAGCUGGUCAAGCUUCCCGAGCAUCUUUUUCGUGAAGGCUGGUGAGAAGACCCCCAUGAAGUUCGAAGGCUCGCGGACUGUCGAAGGUUUGACUGAGUUCAUCAACAAGCACGGCUCCAAGCCUCUCAAGAAGGACGACAAGGGUGAAGAAUUGUAA